GGACAGGUGCGUCUCUCUGAGCAGGACGGAGGAGCACUGAGCAGCGCCCAUAGCUGUUGUGGUUAACUCCCCCUGAACGAGUGAACAUCGGAGCCAUGCCGACGACCAUGGCAUCGUUGGCCCUGCUGGCGGCCCUCCUUCCAGUGGUUUUCGUCAGCGGUGAGAACGCUUCUUGCCCAGCCGACUGGACACUCCUCCAGGAUAUGUGUCUGUGGAUCAGCGACGAGGAAUUACCUUACUGGCGAGCCUAUGAGGAAUGCAAGAACAACGGAAGUCACCUCACCUACAUAGAAAGUGCCCAAGAAGACUUCUUGCUGGCAGGUGCUCUGUCUGUGAAGGGAAAGGAGUCGGUGUGGAUAGGCCUCAACGACCUGGAGAUAGAUAACGUUUUCGUGUGGGUUGACAACGAGCCACUCACGUACAGCAAUUUCCACGAGGGGGAUCCGGCCGUCACCGGGCCACACGCCGAGGAGAACUGUGUGGCAAUGACUAGCGCCAAGAACUACCAGUGGAGCUCCGAGUACUGCUUCGACCACCGGGCAUUCGUGUGCCGCAAGGACCUGCAGUAGAGAAAACAGGCAGUUAAGUACUCGAGAACACCGGGCCAACAGUCGACAUACGAGUUUGAAGAAAAGCUACUAAUAAUUUCUUGCUGGGUAAUAAAUAUCAUGUCCGUCUAAAUUCUUUGAAUGAACGCCUCGCCUCCAGAGUCGUAAGCGUAAUCACUUCUUCAACAGUCAUGGACAAGCCGUCUAAAGUCGUUCGUUGCACAACCCAGUCCAUAAUAAGUAGAUGAGCAGCUGGGUGUUUUCGGGAGGCGUUGGGAGCAAGAUGCCUGCUGUAAGAAACCAAGACUAUUGAAUAUAUUGGACAUAUCAGC